AUGCGAUGCGGCACACCACAGUCAAUACAAGGAACGAUGCGAUGCGGCACACCACAGUCAAUACAAGGACCGAUGCGAUGCAGCACACCACAGUCAAUACAAGGACCGAUGCGAUGCGGCACACCACAGUCAAUACAAGGAACGAUGCGAUGCGGCACACCACAGUCAAUACAAGGAACGAUGCGAUGCGGCACACCACAGUCAAUACAAGGAACGAUGCGAUGCGGCACACCACAGUCAAUACAAGGACCGAAGCGAUGCGGCACACCACAGUCAAUACAAGGACCGAAGCAAUGCGGCACACCACAGUCAAUACAAGGAACGAUGCGAUGCGGCACACCACAGUCAAUAUAA